AUGGAGCCUGAUAAUAUCGAGGCUGCAGAAAACAAGUCUCCCAAGUUGCAACAAAAUCCCGCCGUGCAAAAGGAAGAGAUCAAUUUUGAUGCAUCAAUGAGAGACAUUAAACCGAAUGCACCACACGCUCUAGAUAGGAUGGAGGUCGAGUUGAAAAGUGAACCGGUUGUGGUUAAAACUGAACCAGCAGUGGAUAUUAAAGUUGAAGAAGACAUUCUGCCUGAAAAACUCACCAAAGAUAGCCUUGACGUGGAUAUGGAAGAGGGAGCAAAAUUUGAAACGAAAGCUGAAACUGAAACUGAAACUGAAACUGAAACUGGAACUGAAACUGGAACUGAAAUUCAAAGAGAAACAAAAAGGAAAACUGAACAAGAUGCAGACGCAAACGCAGACGGAAACAAAUACAGCAACAGCAACAGCAACAGCAACGGAGACGAACUUGUAGAUACAGAUGUUGUCGAACCUGCAACAAAGAAAAUCAAGCUUGAAACUGACCAGAGUAACGGCAAUGAACAAAGUAAUGGUAAGAUAGAUUCAUUAUCGCCGGCACCUGCAAAACUACGUCCAGUUAUAGUGCAGCCGUCAAAACCUCAAUUGUUUUAUACUCCCCUCAAGACUGGUUUAGUCUACGACGUUCGAAUGAGGUAUCAUGCUAAAAUAUUCACCUCAUACUUUGAAUACACCGACCCUCACCCUGAAGAUCCACGUCGUAUCUAUAGAAUCUACAAAAGACUUGCCGAGGCGGGCUUGGUCCAGGAUCCUUCACUUUCAGGAAUAGAUGAAUUGGGACCCUUUAUUGAAAAGAUCCCCAUUAGAGAGGCAACUAUAGAAGAGAUUUUGGAAGUACACUCUGAAAAACACCUCGAGCACAUUCAAUCUACAGAAACAAUGACGAAGGACGAAUUAUUGAGAGAAACAGCAACCGGAGACUCGAUAUACGUCAAUAAUGAUUCCUACUUUUCAGCGAAGUUAUCCUGUGGUGGAACCAUUGAAGCAUGCAAAGCCGUCAUUGAAGGCAGAGUCAAGAACUCAUUGGCCGCAGUGAGACCACCUGGCCACCAUGCCGAACCAGAUGACCCUGGUGGAUUUUGUUUAUUCAGUAAUGUUGCUGUUGCGGCAAAAAACAUCCUUAAAUCGUACCCAGAAUCAGUAAGGAGAAUUGUUAUUCUAGAUUGGGAUAUUCAUCAUGGAAAUGGUACACAAAAAUCAUUUUACGACGAUCCAAGAGUACUAUACAUCUCGCUACAUCGUUAUGAAAAUGGUAAAUUUUAUCCUGGUACAAAAUAUGGUGGUGCAGACCAAGUAGGGGAAGGUGCCGGCAAAGGAUAUAACAUCAAUAUCCCAUGGAGAACCGCUGGAAUGAGGGAUGGUGACUAUGUUUAUGCAUUCAACAAAGUUGUUAUCCCCACAAUUCUAGAAUUUGACCCUGAUUUGAUCAUUGUCAGCUCAGGAUUCGAUGCUGCAGAUGGUGAUGUUAUUGGCGGGUGUCAUGUUAGCCCUGCAGGCUAUGGAUACAUGACACACAUGCUCAAAGGUAUCGCAAAGGGGAAACUCGCAGUUAUACUUGAGGGUGGAUAUAACCUCGACUCUAUCAGUGAAAGUGCAUUGGCCGUGGCAAAAGUGCUCAUUGGAGAGCCACCUGAAAAUACUGUGAAGCAGCAACCACAUCCAGACACCAUUGAAGUAAUCGAUGAGGUAAUAAAAAUACAAUCGAGGUUCUGGGAAUGUCUCAGCCAUGGUGUAACAAAGACUACAUUUGAUGAUGUAUACGAUCUUCCUGAUCUAGAUAAAGAACGAUACAAACUCACAAACAUUUCGGAUCCAAUUCGAUCGCAUCAAAACGCAGAAGCGUUUGCCAAAAGAGAAUUUAUCAACAUUCCAAUCGUCAAUCAUCAAGCUAAGGAUCAUAAGCAAUCUAGCUUCACAUGUGAUAUCCCUGAUCAAGCCGAUGAUAUUGUGAUGGCGAGUCCAGAUAUUUAUGAGUGCUCUACCGUAAUCAUAACUAUUCAUGACCCACCAGAGCUAUGGGCAUAUAUCAACCCAACUAAUGGUGUUAUUGAAAGCAAUUCCACUAUUGUAUUAGAGCAGCCCCUUUUUCAGAUAAUGGACAAAGUAGCCAAGGAAAAAGACCUGGAUAACACUGAUAAGAUUGGGUACAUGGACAUCAACAUUCCAUCAUUUCAAUUACCAAUUCCAGGACUUUCAUAUUCGCAUGAAUCUUCUUAUAACCCUACAAUUUUUGCACAAGAGCUUCUCCUUUACAUAUGGGACAACUACAUUGCUUAUUUCCAGCAGUUGAAAAAAGUUAUCUUUGUUGGAUUUGGUGAUGCAUAUCAGAGCAUAGUCCAUUUGUUUAGUAAACGUCCGUCACAGGAGAUUAAGAACUUGGUGAAAUUCACUGUCGCAUAUUUAAACAGAACACAAUUGAAACCGAUUGUUCCAGUAAUGGAUGAAAGCAUGGUGGAUUGGUUUUAUCACAAUUCAACAAUUUUCACGAGUUGUUAUAAUCAAUGUUGGAGUACUUCAAAUGGAAACCACGGCCAUAACAGUAGUAAUUCAACAAGUAGCAAUGAUGCAAAUGGCGGCGAAGAGUUGAAGAAACCAAGAAGAAAAUUUGGAAGAGUUCUUAAGGCCAAGGCAGACGGAUUGUUUGAUGUGAUUAACGAAAAGUUUGACGAGGGUGUGGAUAAUAUUUUAGAUAGUAUUGAGGAUUACUCCAGUUCCGACGAAUAA